AAGACAAGAGUAGCUGCACACAUUGAUAAAAGAUGGGAACUCCACUCAUCUAUGCAAUUGCAUUUUGCCUAAUUGCAAUUAGUAUUAGUAUCAAUGUUGCUGCUUAUAAACCAUAUUAUGCAUCCCAGCCAAACAACUACUCUCCACCAUCUACAAAGCAUGUAGAAUAUCCACGGUCACAAAAAACCCCAUAUUAUUACGCGAAACACCCACACCUCAAUCACAAAUUAACUCCAUUGUAUAAACACAAAUCUCCACUCUCUACGAAGCAUGCAGAAUAUCCACAAUCAAAGUACACCCCAAAACAUGCAAAACAUUCACAUCCCUAUCCCAAAUUAACUCCAUUAUAUGCAUAUAAAUCUCCACCACCUCCAAAAUAUGCAAAACACCCACAAUCACAAUACACCCUAUAUCAUGCAAAACACUCGCACCUCUACCCUAAAUUAACUCCAUUAUAUAAACACAAAUCUCCAUUACCUACAAAGCAUGUAGAAUAUCCACAAUCAAAGUACACCCCUGAACAUGCAAAACAUUCACAUCCCUAUCCAAAAUUAACUCCAAUAUAUACAUACAAAUCCCCACCACCUCCAAAGUAUGCAAAAUAUCCACAAUCAAAAUACACCUCACAUCAUGCAAAACACUCACACCUCUACCCCAAAUUAACUCAAUUAUAUACAUACAAAUCCCCACCACCUCCAAAGUAUGCAAAAUAUCCACAAUCACAAUAUACCCCACAUCAUGCAAAACACUCACACCUCUACCCCAAAUUAACUCCAUUAUAUACAUAUAAAUCUCCACCUCCUCCAAAACAUGCAAAAUAUCCACAAUCACAAUACACCCCACAUCAUGCAAAACACGCACACCUCUACCCCAAAUUAGCUCCAUUAUAUACAUACAAAUCUCCACCACCACCAUCUCCUUCACCACCUCCACCUUAUAUUUAUAAGUCACCACCACCUCCCUCUCCUUCACCUCCUCCGCCAUAUGUCUACAAAUCUCCUCCACCUCCCUCUCCAUCACCACAACCUAAGUAUGUCUAUAAGUCUCCUCCUCCACCAUCUGCAUCACUACCCCUUUCUUACAUCUACAAGUCCCCACCACCACCAUCCCCAUCACCACCUCCACCUUAUAUUUACAAGUCACCACCACCUCCUUCUCCUUCACUUCCUCCACCAUAUGUCUACAAAUCUCCUCCACCUCCCUCUCCUUCACCACCACCUCCAUAUGUCUACAAGUCUCCUCCUCCACCAUCUGCAUCACUACCCCUUUCUUACAUCUACAAGUCCCCACCACCACCAUCCCCAUCACCACCUCCGCCUUAUGUGCACAAGUCACCACCACAUCCUUCUCCCUCACCUCCUCCACCGUAUGUCUACAAAUCUCCUCCACCUCCCUCUCCUUCACCACCGCCUCCAUAUGUUUACAAAUCUCCUCCACCACCAUAUGCAUCGCUACCCCUUUCUUAUGUCUACAACUCUCCACCUCCUCCCUCUCCUUCACCUCCACCACCAUAUGUCUACAAGUCCCCACCACCACCUUCCCCCUCACCACCUCCUCCAUAUGUUUACAAGUCCCCACCACCGCCUUCCCCGUCACCCCCUCCUCCAUAUGCGUACAAGUCUCCUCCCCCACCAUCACCUUCACCGCCUCCUCCAUAUGUUUACAAGUCUCCACCUCCACCUUCUUCUUCACCUCCUCCACCAUAUAUUCAUAAAUCACCUUCCCCUUCUCGUCAUGUCCUCAAGCAUCCGGCUUAUCACCUUCCCUACCUCUAUAACUCUCCACCACCUCCUCCAAGAGUCUAUUGAUGCGGCUAAACCAACUUAAUUUGUUUCAAUAUUAUGCAUUACAUUAUCGCUAUUUCAUUUAUAUCAGGGUCUACAUCAAAGAGCAUUGCUAUGAAUGUAGCCCUAUUGUAUCAUUUUGUUUCAUUCUCAAUUCAAAAGUUUGUUUUGUUCUAAACAUUCUUCGUAUUAUAUUGUAUAUUGGAACUGUUGUUAAGUCUAUUCUGCUCA